AUGACCGCUCGAGUCCCGCCGCGGCGGCUGGCACAGUCAGCCCUCGCCGCACUGCGCCCUCGGACCCAUUGGGUCUCUUCUACAUCGCUCCCGUGCAUUUCCCGCCGCAAUGCGUCUUCUGGAGGGAGUGGGAAUGACGAGGACCUUACCAAUCCCAUCCUGGACCAGUACCUGCGGAAGAAAGAGCUUGAAUCCGGCGCAGUAGACGGCGGCCGAUCAGUGCGCCCUACCCCUCGCUUUGGAGGCCUUUCGAACCACCCGUCAUCCCUCUUCCGACCCGAGCACGAGAUUCCAGGAUGGAGAGACGACCUUAGUGCUGUUGAAAAAGAGAAGCUCCAGGCGCGGUACAGGCGGCGGCAGGAGCAGGCCAAACAGCAAGAAGAGCGGGAACUUAUGAACAUGACCAUCGACCCCGAUCAAACCGCCCGCAAGCGUCUCGAACGCAAACUCGUCAUAUCAGGUGUCAAGCGCCACGGCCGCAUGACAAAGUCGCAAAAGCUGCUCCGCACCGAACGCGAAUCGCUCUACAAGUCGCACAACCUGCCCACAUCGACGAAAAAGCUGCAAAAAGUAGUCAACCAAAUCGCCGGCAAGACCAUCUCAGAAGCCCUUGUGCAGCUCCGCUUCUCCAAGAAGAGAAUCGCCCGCGAUGUAAUAAAGGGUCUUGAAAUCGCCCAAGAUGAAGCCAUUGUGAACCGCGGCAUGGGCCUAGCGGGCGAGGCAGCCGCUGUCUCACGCUGGAAUAAGCAACGAGAAGCUACGGAUGCGGGGAAGCCGAAGGACACCUGGGACUACAAGACUUCCAGUGACGAUUCUGGCAUCGAAGUCACAAAACCCAAAGUCCCAUUUUUCAAGGAUACCACGAUUGAGCUGAAGGAUGGGCGCAAAAAGGUGGUCCGGGAUCCUAGUGAGAUUUACAUCGAUCAAGCAUGGGUAGGGCCUGGCGAGCGCUGGAAGAGCCCAGAGUUCAGGGCUAGAGGUGCUGUUAAUAUGCUUCAGCACCGUACAACAAGCUUCUCCGUCCUCCUCAAGGAAGAAAAGACCCGCAUGCGCAUCUCAGACGAAAUCAAGAAGAAGCGCGAAAACCGCAAAGUCUGGGUCGCUCUCCCCGAUCGACCCAUUACUUCUCAGCGACAGUUUUGCCUGUGGUAG